UUUAGCGUCAAACGUGGAAGCGUUCACAUCGCCGUAUUGUACCGGUGUGCUAUAUACGGGAUAUUUUCAUAUAGUUAUUGUAUAUAUAUAAAGGUAUACAUAUAGGGAAAAUAGUGCCGGUUUGAAGUUGCUUAUUCGAAAGGCAAGUUGGUUUCUUUAUACACAAUGACCAGUCAGCACACUAUUACAUGUGUACCAUCAAAAACCAGUGAAUAAAUAGUGCGACAAGUUUUUAUAUUUUAUCACAUGAGGCAAAUGCAGAUGAAUUUUAUUAUUAAUAAUAAUAAUAAAAAAAAUAAAACACUUGCUGACUGUAUUAAGAAAAAUGCGUCGCCAUGGGUUACGAGUGUUGUGUUCUGAGUAGGGUGUUGUGUUAACGGUUUACAGCUGAUCCAGAUGUCUUACAGUAAAUAAAAAGAAGAACAAAAUCUAUAGGUGACAUUUGUUUACAAAAGGAGGAAAAAAAUAAAACCUAUUAAAAAAAUAAAGAAAACAUUAUGCAGACGAAUGUUUCGAUCUACUCGUAGAAAACUGCGAGGAGAUCAAACGAAUGUUGAGAGAUGUUUCGAAAAAGAACGAGACUUACAUCACAAGUAUGGACAGUCAUCUUUCUAUUACUUUUCAACGAUGCACUAACGCAAACAACAGAAUCAAUUGCCAAAAUAUCUACGGAAGAAUCGUCAACACUUCCGUCACAAAAUCGAACAGUUUUAAGAAAAUUCAUUGCAGAUAGCAAAACGAAAAUUUCGAGCAAUGAGAAAAACGACUCCAUUUUCACAAACUCAACAAACUUUCAGGAUGAAAUUGAGAGAAGCUCGACAUCAAAACAAAAAGACUUGAACAAUGAGUCCAUCAAAGUUGAGAAAAUAGAAACUGAACCAGUGAAAACUUUUGAUUCCUUGGACCGUACAACUUCAGCAGAUUCAAACAUAAAAUCAAAAUUAUCGAAAAACAAUGUCAGCGAUAAGACUUUGAAACUUGUUCCAGAUGAAGAGAGUCUUCCUAAAUUAUCACGAAACAAAAGUAAAUCAAUAUUUUUAGAUGCUUUUAAAGAAGGCACAAGGCACAAUGUUAAAAAGUCUGAAAUUAUUAAACCCGAAUUUGAGGGCGCUGAUGAUUAUGAAAUUGAAGAACACGAAAUCGAGCACAAGGAACCAACAACACAAGCAACAAAUAAAAAAGAAUCAUUGGAGGAUUUUGAUAUUGAAGCGUCCAAAAAAGAAGAGAGAAUCGAUGACAAAGAAGAAGGUCGCAACGAUGAUGAUGAUUCCUUCUCUCUAGUCAAUGACACAAAUGUCAAUUUUAAAAAACAAACAAUAAAAAAUGAAACAAAUCUUAUAUCCGAAAAUGAUGACAGUAUCGAUAUUGAAUUUGGUCCCAAAAAUGAUGUCGAAGUUGUGCAAAAUAUAACACGAUCUCCAAUAAUGAGAAUCGUUCAAGCUGCUGAAGAAAAAAAAGGUUUUGUCAAUAACGACAAAAGUUUUAUCGAUAAAAAAAUAAUUAAACAGGACAAUGGUAAAAAUUUCACUAAAAAAAUUGAAGGUGAAAUUGGUGAUUCGGUUAAUGACGUUGAUUUAAAGAAUGAUGAAAAGGUUAAAAUUGAUAUAUCUUCUAAACCACUACCAUCAACAAAAAUAGAAAUCUCCGCAAAGGCAGAUAUUCCAUUAUUCAAACUAGACAUCUCUUCAUCUAAAAUAGAUAUCUCAACUAAUUCUGAUACAUCAUCAUCUAAAACAGAUGUGAUACCAACAAAAACCGAAAUUUCCAAAGAAAUAGAUAAAACAGAAAAAUCAUCUAAAAUCGACAUUUUUUCAUCUAAUACAGAUGAUUCAUUUUCUAAACUAGACUCAUCAAAAGUAGAUGAUUCAUCAUCAAAAAUUGAUAUUUUCCCAUCUAAAACAGAUGUUCUAUCAACUAAAUUAGAUAUUUCUAAAGUAGAUGCAAUUUCUUUCAAAGAAGAUUUAACAUCUAAAGCAGAGUCAUUAUCUAAAAUAACAGCAAAUUCUUCCUUGAUCGACGUACUUCCAAAAAGAAAAGAAACAAAAGAAUCAACCGAAAAUUUGUCUGACUCAACGAAAAUAAAUGAUAAUAUUAGUCCUGCACCGAAAGCUCGCACAAUCUCAUUUUCAGGGAUUAAUGAAUUUAUUCCGGAAAAUAUAGACUCAAAAAUUGCGACAACAAAGUCAACUAUAAUUGAAAGUUCCGCUACAAAGAGACCACUUCAAUUGGAUAAAGAAGUCGAAGUGAAACCUUAUCCAUAUCUAAAGACUGAUAUCAAAAAAACAAUCGAUGAAUCAAAGGAUGCAAACAAAGGGUACGGAAAAAAAAUCGAAGAAUCCACUGAGGAAGUAUUAGCCUACGAGAAUACAAUUGGACGUAAAGAAUCUGAUACAAAAUCAGUUAUAACUGAACCUUCUGUUGUCAUUGAAAACAGCAUCCAACAAUUUAAGCCCACCUAUUUUAAAAGGUCAGGCAACUCAACAAAACUUAAUUCUACAAUUAGUGAUUUUGGAAUUCGAACAACAACAACAUCCCAAAGUAUCGAGAAUGAUAACAUAACAUCAAGUUAUGUUUCCUCACCAUCUACAAUUAAAAUUAAUUUCGAAAAUAAAGAGAUUACUCCCACUCUUGAUAAUGAACAAAAAAUCGAUUUAACUGAGAACGGAAUAACUGAAACAAAUUUACUAAAUAUUAAUUCUACCAAAAGAAAAGAAACCACUGCUGAAGACAUUGAAGAAAAAGCCUCGGAAAUAAUCAAAUCUUCAACAGAAAGCAAGUCAUCUCUUGAGACUCUAAAGAAUCUCGAAACAUCAGAAUCUAUCGAAACAACAAAAUUAGAUAAUCCAACUGUACAACACUCGAAAUCAAUUAACACAACAGAAAGUUCUACAGAACAUUCAAUAACAAAUAAAAUAGAAACAGAUAAUAAAAAAGAAAUAUCCACUCAAAAUACUACUGAAUCUAGUCUCACAGAAUCAACUAAAAUUUCCUCAACCGAAAUUCUCAAUCUCAACAAAACAGAAGUUCAUGUAAAUAGUAUUAUUCCAACUUCGAUAGAGUUACCAGAAACAACAACAGUUGAGUACGAAUUUAUAGGAUUAAAGGAAACCACUGUACCUGCAGAUGAAAAUAAUAGAGAUUUUGAAGCAUCAACAACUCCUGGUAUAUUCACAAACUCCAGACCAACAGAUUCUGAUAAAUUAACAGUAUCGCAUUCUAAUAAUUUUACCGAAUCAACAAUUUCUACUGAUACUAGUGAAUUAACAAAUUCUGGUGAUACUGGUGAAUCAACAAAUUUUUCUAAAUCGACAAUAUCAGAAAAAUCAUCAAAUUCUGAUAAAUCAACAAACUCAGAGGAGUCAUCAACAUUCUCCUAUAUUCUUCGCGAUGGAACAACUGAAAUUAUUUCUGAAAGCAAUACUCAAAGUUCAAAUGAAGAAACAACGAUAAUUACAAUCAAUACAGAAGAUAUUGUAACUGAAUUAAUUAACAAAUUUACCCCGUCAACGGAUAAAGUUUCCGAAGGAAGAUCAUCCACUUCAGAAGAUAAAUCAUCUACUGAAAACGAAACACUGAAACCUGAUGAAAUGACAACUUUACUCACAACGACAUUGAUCUCUAAUCAAGAGACAACUUCGGAAACAACUUUAAAUUAUGACGGAACUACAAUUAUUACUGAUAUUGAUAGAGAAAUAUCAAAAAAUACUACAGCAUCCGAUUCUAAACAAACAAACGAAACAACAGUUGAUCAGCAAACUACGACAGAUACAACUUUGAUAUGGACCUCGACUUCUGCACCUAAUCCACGAAUUGUUUCAGUAACAUCUGAGAAUACAGUUUCCAAAUCGAUAACCGAAGUUCCAACAGUUAAUAUGCCAACUCUUCCGCCUGAAGAUAUUAGAAUUUUCGUUAGAAUUGUUUUUGAAAGUACAUGGAAUGAGGUCUGUCCAAAUUUGGAAUCGAUUAGAGAAAUGAUUGCUAAUCUAUUAACUACUGGUGCAAACAAAAUUGUUUCGCCUAGACAAGUUAUCUUCUAUCAAACUCAAUGUACUGAAGGAGUAAUGGCUCUCACGUCACUGUCAUCCUCAGAAACUCCGCUAACAUCUCUACUAAUCUACAUUGUCGACGAAGAUGGAAAUUUCGAUGAGCUUAUGACGAAACUUUUGCCCAAUUUAUACAAGGUGUCCAUGCCUACUAUAAACUUUCCUUUACCAGUACACAGUUUUCUAUUGGUUCAAGAAACUGAUUCCGGAAAUGCAAUAGCUGUCAUUGUUGUCUCAAGUGUGGCGUUUAUUUGUUUAGUUCUACUCGCAGGUCUUUUGUUCAUAAUGAGAAAGAGGCAAACGAGAUUCAAUUAUGGGGAGAGAUGUCGUCCAGUUUCCUUAGACGCUUACAGUUUGGACAGCGUGUCAGCGUACAACAGUGUUCGACGAAAGGGUGCGAUAAGAGCCUCAAAAAGAAGUUACGGAAAUCCAACAUUUGAAGACUCAAGUGCAAUCCCUUCUCAUCCUUUGAAUUUCGCUGGACUUUCAACAUUCUGCAAUGACGUGAAUGCGAUCUCUGAGGAAUUUACCGGAAUACCUCAAAUCACAGCCAAAAUAGAUGAGCUACCACAAGGUGCUGAAGUGAAAAAUCGAUAUGCGAAUGUAAUUCCACUUCCGGAAACUCGAGUCCAACUCCAGAGGCUCAACAACGAUCUGCUUACUGAAUACAUCAAUGCUAGUUACGUUCGGGGACCAAAGAAUGCAACGAAAUACUACAUUGCCUGCCAAGCUCCAACAGAGUCUUCGGUUACAGACUUCUGGCGUAUGAUUUGGGAGCAACAAUCGAAAGUUAUUAUCAUGUUAACGGAUCUCGUCGAGAAUGGAGUUGAGAAAUGCUCGGAAUACAUUCCUCCCUCUGAAGUUACAGAUUGCCAUCGACUUUAUGGCGAUUAUCAAGUUACUCUCAAGAAACGAGAAACCAAAGAAAAAUACGCAAUCUCAACCCUUCAUUUGAAGAAUCUGGAGAAUAAUACAUUUAGAGAAGUGUCGCAUAUUUGGUAUCUUUGGCCUUCAAAUGGAAUGCCAGAUUCAGCGAGUUUAAUUGCUGUUCUUUUGGAAGCGAGAGCAUUUCAAAGAGGUGGACCAGGACCAAUUGUUGUUCAUUGUAGUCCUGGUACAGGAAGAACGGGGACAUUAAUAGCACUCGACUUAGGAAUUCGACAAUAUGAGAUUACGAGAACAGUGGAUGUUCCACGAGUUGUUUACACGAUUAGAAGGGAUCGUGCUGGAGCUGUGCAAACAAAAGAACAAUACGCUUUUAUUUACAAGGCGCUCAACUUGUACGCGACAAAACUAUCAGGUGGAGCUCUGGAGUCGACAUGAAUCGAUUUCACUAUUUCAACUACUUCCAAAUAAAGAAAAUUUUUUGAGAUUUGUAAAAGACGGCCAACAAUAGUGUGAUAAGAAAAAAAAAUCCCUCCCCUUACCCCCCCCCAUCCCCAAACAAUUUUUUUUUUUUUCCUCUAUUCUAAUACGUUACCCGAAGGAUCAAAGGCGCGACUAUAAUGUGUGAUAUUUUGGAAAUAUUGAUAUUUGAGUAUAAAAGGCUAUCGUGAUUAAACUCUUUUUAAUUAAGGCUUUAGUAAGAUAAAAGAGAAAUACUUUUUUGAUAAAUUGAGUUGAUAUACUAAUUGUUGAGUGGUAUGUACGUAAAUUAAUGUUUUGUUUUUUUUAAAUCUAGAAGAAUAAAAGGCAAAUUCUUUUUUUUUUUUCAUUAUAACAAAAAAAAAAAGAAA